UAACAACUCCUUAACAAAUGGCAGAAUACCACAUCUCCCCUAACGGGUUGCACUUAAACGAAGAUACUUCUCAGUUGUACUUCACUACACCUAGGAUGCCCAAAAGUCGGAAAAAUGUGAAUAGAAUGAGGCUGAAUGAAAUAUUUAUGAAUAGUAGUGGGUUCAAGGGCAGGGAAGAGUCUAUACAACGAAGAGAGCCAGUUUUUAAAUAAAAUUAAAAGAGGUUCAAGCAAGUUCAGACCAAGUUGUAAGUAUUGAUCCAGCUUCAAAUUUACUGUUUGAUGCUAAUAAAUUCAUUGUAAUCCAAAAUAGCUAGAAUCAGCAAGAAGAGAAGCCCUCAUAAAUAUGAUAACAUGGGAUAUAACUCCCUUCUAUUCAACGAGCAGCUCAGUUCUAUUGAGAGAGACUUAGAAGCUGAGCGUAAAACUAUUGAGAAAAGGGAGGAAGUGCUGAGCACAUUAGAACUUCAGUUAACUUCUAAAAACAAUGAAGAUGAAAAUUACAUGUUAGAAGAGAUGACUCCCAAAGUUCCCAAAAGAAGAGGCAGAGAAGAGUCGCCUAAGGUUGAUUUUGACAUUCCUAUGAAGAAAAAACGACCUAUCUCCAGAAAGCUGUUUAAUUAUAACUCGAGAGAUAGAAUUAACAAGAAUAGAGGAAUUGAGAAUAUAGAAAAUUCUAAGUUGAGGAAAAACAAAAUAAAGAGAAAGCAUCAAAAGAAUUGACAACUAGUCAGGGUAACCACUAAGGGCAAUAAAACUAAAAUUGAAGGGAAAGAUAGUGUCUUUUUCUCAAUAAAUAAAGUCCAAAUUGGCAGGAACAAAUGGAAAUAAAUGUAAGAUAUUAGAGAUAGAUGGGAUCUCAGAAGACUGGACUGAAGAGCAAUAUGAGUCUGUUAUUGUUGAGGAAUCAGAUCCUAACUGAAACACAAGCAGUUCACUUGAAAUUAAACCGAUCAGAGAGUCAAAGUAUCAAGCAAAUCCUGAAAUAGCUUCUCCAAUGUCUCCUCCUGAAAGUCCUUAUAAUGAGCCAAAGGAAGAAUCAAAGGAAGAAUUUAGGUUGGCUGAAACUUUACCAAGGAAAAGCCAUUCUUCUCGGGAAGCUGAAGGCUACACCGACUCUUUAAAGCAAGAGCUCGAGCCUGUAGAAGACUAUAUUGCUAAUACCAGAGAUAAAUCUAAGAUCCUUGAAAGACGCAGAAGAUUUGAGCAGAAAAUGAUCGAAACAAAGUCAAUUUCUGAAACACUCAGCUAUAACUCUAACUUGGGAGGAAGGGCACACCUAUACUGAUGAAACGGAGCCCAAAGCAAUGGAAUGGGCAAUUGUACUAUAUUUUAGACGUUACAAAGCAUGGAAUAACAAUUUUACUAUCUAUUUU